CUACUCGGGUGUCUCUGUCUCUCUCCGCACUUUUUAGUUUGCUCUGCACUCUCUGCUCUUCCAACUUUCAGUUUGAUUUCGCUGAGUUUUGAGCAAAGAUGGUGUCGAAUGGAACGGUGAAGUGUCCGAGCCCGAUGAAAGCUAUGUCUAAUGGGGUGUUCCAGGGAGAUGAUCCUCUUGAUUAUGCACUUCCUCUGGCGAUUCUGCAGAUAUGUAUUGUGCUUGUGCUCUCCAGGUUUCUCGCGUACCUUCUGAAACCUUUGCGGCAGCCUAGAGUCAUUGCUGAGAUUGUCGGCGGAAUUUUACUUGGUCCAUCAGCACUUGGUCGCAACAAAAGCUUUCUCAAUGCAGUAUUUCCUCCUAGAAGUCUCACAGUGCUGGAUACGCUAGCUAAUCUCGGUCUCCUCUUCUUUUUGUUCCUGGUUGGGCUCGAGUUGGACCCAAAAUCUCUUCGUCGGACAGGAAAGAAAUCUUUGUGCAUUGCCCUUUCAGGAAUAAGCGUCCCUUUUGUGUUAGGAAUUGGAGUAUCAUAUGUCCUUCGUGGAAGUGUUUCCAAGGGUGUAAAUGAAGGACCUUUUCUUGUUUUCAUGGGAGUGGCCCUUUCGAUUACUGCUUUCCCUGUCUUGGCUCGAAUCCUUGCUGAGCUUAAACUUUUGACGACUGAUGUUGGGAGAAUGGCAAUGUCUGCAGCAGCAGUUAAUGAUGUUGCAGCCUGGAUUCUACUAGCUCUUGCCAUUGCGCUCUCUGGAACUGGACGCUCCCCUCUCAUUUCACUAUGGGUUCUUCUUUGUGGUGCAGGUUUUGUGUUGGCUUGCACAUUUAUUGUUCCACCUCUAUUUAAGAGGAUGGCCAAACAUUGCCCUGAAGGCGAACCAGUUGAUGAAGUUUAUGUCUGUGCUAUUUUAGCAUUAGUUUUGGCUGCAGGGUUUGUAACUGAUACUAUCGGUAUCCAUGCUCUCUUUGGGGCAUUUGUGAUUGGAGUUCUUGUUCCAAAGGAAGGACCGAUUGCUGCAGCUCUUGUUGAAAAAGUCGAGGAUCUUGUUUCUGGCCUUCUUCUCCCAUUGUAUUUCGUCUCAAGUGGUUUGAAAACUGAUGUGACCACCAUUCAAGGUGCUCAGUCAUGGGGUCUCCUUGCUUUGGUCAUAUUUACUGCUUGUUUUGGGAAGAUUGUGGGCACGGUUGUGGUGUCACUUCUGUCUAAAGUUCCCUUUCAGGAGGCUAUUGCUCUAGGUGUUCUGAUGAACACCAAGGGUUUGGUGGAGCUCAUCGUCCUUAACAUUGGAAAAGACAGAGGGGUAUUGAAUGACCAAACGUUUGCCAUUUUGGUUCUGAUGGCACUCGUCACUACUUUCAUGACAACGCCAAUAGUUAUUGCAGUAUACAAACCAGCUAAAAAGUUGGCUAAAGCUGUAUACAAGCAUAGAACAGUUCAGAGGACUGACACCAACUCUCAACUCCGGAUAUUGGCCUGCUUCCAUAGUUCUAGGGACAUCCCCUCUCUGAUCAAUCUCAUUGAGGCUUCUCGUGGGAUAGGGAAGAAAGAAGGACUUCGUGUUUAUGCCAUGCACUUAAUGGAGCUGUCGGAGAGGUCAUCUGCUAUGCUUAUGGUUCAUAAGGCGAGAAGGAAUGGACUCCCCUUCUGGAAUUCGACACAGAAUUCUGAUUCCACCCAAAUUGUUUUUGCCUUUGAAGCUUUCCAACAAUUAAGUCGAGUCUCCAUUAGGCCAACAACAGCAAUUUCACCAAUGUCCAGUAUGCACGAGGACAUCUGCAGCAGCGCUGAUAGUAAACGGGCUGCUAUGAUAAUUCUCCCAUUUCACAAGCAUCAGAGGCUAGAUGGACAACUAGAGACAACUAGAGCUGAUUUUAGAAUUGUGAACCGCAAAGUUCUUGAGCAUGCACCUUGCUCAGUUGGUUUAUUAGUUGAUCGCGGACUUGGUGGACCAACACAUAUACCUGCCAGCAAUGUUAACUCUGUCAUGAUUGUCCUUUUCUUUGGAGGCCGUGAUGAUCACGAAGCACUUGCUUAUGGGGCAAGGAUGGCUGAGCACCCUGGUAUAACUGUGACCAUUGUUCGUUUUGUGCUGCAGCCUAAAAUCCGGGGACAGGUUGUCCACAUCAACAUGGAUGAUUUUCCAAAUGCUGAUGAAAGUAACUUCGAUGAUGAAAUUCUUGACGCCUAUAAGAAAAAUGUGUCAGAAGACACCUCAAUCACAUACGAAGAGAGAGUAGUGAAUAAUGCUGCAGAAACAAUUGAGGCAAUCCGUGAGUAUAAUAGGUGCAAUCUGUUUCUAGUUGGAAGAAUGCCCGAGGGCGAGGUACCUGAAGCCUUAAAAACAAAAGGUGAGUGCCCGGAACUGGGGCCAAUUGGUAGCUUGUUAACAUCUCCACAAUUCUCAACAACAGCAUCAGUUUUGGUGGUGCAGCAGUAUCAUAGCCAGCUGUCUACGCAUUCCUUGGCUUCACUCAAGGAGGAAGGAGACGCAGAAGACACCGACAAGGGAUACUCUGAUUCUAACUGAAUACUUUGCAGUUCACAAAAUUUUAUGUCGUUGUUGUAUAUAUUAGUCACAUUGUGCUUCGAAGUCUAAAACCUCCAAAACUUGCUGCCCCUGGAACACCUUGGAGAGAAUUAAACUCAUUAUCUGUAAUAAAUAAAUAAGAUAUACUAAAUUCUGGAACUGCUGUGAGUUUCUGAAAGUCAAGCACUUUGUCAUUCUGUUCUUUAGCCUGAUGCAGCCUCAGAUCAGCAUCAACUGCUGCAAUCUCGGAAUUUCAUUUACCUUUUUCUAUUUGUCAAUAUAAAUGUGCCAAAUUUUCAUUUU